CGGAGGAGGAGAAUUACUCUAAUAAUGUUCCUGUAGGCAGUUCAGUUCACUCUAUCAGUUCACUCCUGCAUGUGUUUAACACUGUUUACACGACUUUUGCUUUCUAAUUCGAGUUUGAUCGCAACUACUCGGUUCAUUUCGAUUAUUGAUCUUUCCUGAUGGAUUUACACGCUGUGUGCUGCACUCUGUUUCUGCUGCUGACAUGUUCAGGUCGAGGCUUUGGCCAAGUGUUGGAAUUACCUGAGAGUAUAAAUAGAACAGUUGGGGAGAAUAUAGAGUUUACCCCAAAACAUCUUCCUGAUCCUCAUUACAUCACAGCCAUAUGGAGAGUUAAUGAAACGACCAUUCUUUCUGGAUCACCGAAUGGAGUUACUAUACUGCUACCGUACAAAGACAGAGUCAGUUUUAACACCACAUCUUUAGCUCUGGAGCUCAGGAGCCUGACUGAGAGUGAUACUGGUCAAUAUGAACUGAGUGUAGUCACAGGAAAAACUUACACUGCUCACACCUCACUGCUGGUGCUUGUUCCAGUCUCCAAUGUUACCAUAGUACCAAGUCAAACAGAGCUGGUUGAAUUCAACACUGUGAGUUUCGUCUGCUCUGCUUCUGGCUCCUUUCUUUCAUUUAUUUGGCUGAAUGACAGCUCUGAGAUAACAGCAGGGGAGCGAAUCCAGAUAACAGACAACAACAGCAAACUGACCAUUACCAGUGUGAUGAGAGGUGAAACAGGCCCAUAUGAGUGUGAAGCAUACAACAGUAUCAACAGCAAUAGGAGUCUCCCAUUCAACCUUACCAUUUACUAUGGACCUGAAAAUGUUGCUGCAGCAGCAGAUCCAGAGGAACCCAUCUACAGUUCUGGGUCUAACCUCAAAUUAAACUGCUCAGCUGAGUCCAGGCCUGCUGCUGAGUUUCAUUGGGCUGUGAAUGGAGCAAAGCUUGUUGAAAUGGGCCAAGAGCUCAAACUGAACAACCUUCAGAUCAGUCAGAGUGGCAAUUACACCUGCAUAGCCAAUAACACACAAACCCUACAAAACUCUGUCUCUGAACCGAUCAGUGUCACUAUACUAGCACCAGUCUCCAACGUUGCCAUAAUACCAAGUCUUAAAGAAGUUGAACUCAACGGCACUGUUAGUUUUGUCUGCUCUGCAUCCGGCUCCUCUCUUUCAUUUAUUUGGCUGAAUGACAGCUCUGAGGUAACAGCAGGGGAGCGAGUUCAGUUAACAGACAACAACAGCAAACUGACCAUUACCAGUGUGAUCAGAAAUGACACAGGCCCAUAUGAGUGUGAAGCAUACAACAGCAUCAACAGACAAAAGAGUCUCCCAUUCAGCCUCACCAUUAAGAUUAGUGGUGAGUUAUUUCAUAUCAGUUCAACAACUAUGCAUUGCUGUAAUGUGAAUAGAAUUGAUGUGAGAAUAAAUCAGAUGCUAGAAAAACACACAAUAUUUAAGAAAUUCAGGAUCUAAAACAAAUUUUAAUCUGGUUUAUUGCAAAUGUAAUAAUUUCCUGCUAUGCAAUCCAAAUUCCCUCAGAAUUUCAU